ACGGGCGAGGCCUGGCAGGAGCUUGCGCUGCACUUCGUCCCCCUGAGUAUCUUCGCGAGCCUGGCGGGGAACGAGCUGAUCCGCGCGCGAGGAGCGGGCCUGCCACCCGACACCGAGUGGCGCGAGGACUGCGCCCGUCCACUGGUGGAGGCGGGGAGCGGCCAGAAGCAGGUGCGCGCGAGCCACCAGAGGGCCGGCGUUUCUUUCUCGGCCGAGAAGGCGCAUCUGAUGCAGCUGGGGGUGGAGCGCGUGGGGGCCGACGUCGACGGCGUCAUUUGGAGGGUCGCUGUUCCCGUUCCGACGGCCGCCCACUGCCUGGCCCCGGCGCAGAGGACGCAGCUGCCUUGGCGCGUUGCGAUGGCCGCGCUCGGGAAGCUGGUCAUCGGGGAGCUUCUGCUUCUGGUCGCGCUCCUCCCGGCGUCCGCCACCCCCCUGCGGCGGGCCCUCGUCGACGGCAUGGCCGCGGCCGCGGGCGCGUCCGAGCUGGGCGGGGGCGCGCGCGCCUCGGUCAGCCUGCGCGAGGACGUGGCCAGCGCGCUGCAGGCCCGCGCGGGGGUGGCCGACCAGCUGGGGAUCGGCGCCAGGCCCCUCUACAUGGUCGAGGACCCUGCCCAGCCGAAGAAGACGGCGAACACGCGGGUUCCGUCGCUGGCGGUGGCCAAGGUCUUCUCGGCGCUAUUCAUCGGCCGCUUCGAUGGCAUCGGGAGCCCCGCCGUCGCCUUCUCGCGCCUCCCAAUGCGGAUCGUGGCCCGCGUGGCGGCGGAGACGGACCCCAAGGCGCGGCGGGCGGUCGGGCUGUUCUGGCCAGGGGCCAUCGACUGGGGCGACGUCGCGCGCGUGGAGGCCCCAAUGGCGCAGGAGCUGUUCGUCGCCGUCAGCGAGCACGUGGACCUCUGCGUCGCGGCCGCUGGCAGCCCUGCCAGGAUCUCGAGCCUGAACGUCGGUGGCCGCGGUUUUUUUACGAAAAGGAAUGAGUCGCCGUUGUUCCGCGCGGUUUCGCGCGCCCUGGGCCUCCUACGCGCGGUCCACGGCUCGAAGCUGCCCUGCUUCGUCGAGGGCGCGGCCGGCAUGUCGGCGGCCGCGUCUCUUCUGGGCGGGGCCCGCGACGAGCUCGUCGGCGAGGGCGCACCUUUCACGGGCGUCUCUUGGGAGGGCGAGGGCUGCGAGUGGCCUGGGCGGCCCGGGAACUUGCCGGCGCCG